AUGGCCCAAAACGGCUCCGUCAGCGGCGGGAGCUGGAACCCUUCGACCUGGAGAAGUAAACCUAUUGUCCAAGGGGUGACAUACAAGGACGAAGGGGCAUUCAAGCAAGCGAUCCACAAACUCGACAAGCUGCCACCGCUCGUGACGCCACGGGAGAUAGUGAAGCUGAAGAACGAGUUGCGCGAGGUCGCACUGGGCAAUGCAUUCCUCCUUCAAGGCGGUGACUGCGCAGAACUGUUCGACUACUGCAACCAAGAGAUGAUUGAGGCCAAAGUCAAGCUCUUGCUGCAGAUGUCGCUGGUCUUGAUCUACGGGGCGCAGAAGAAGGUGGUGCGCGUGGCGCGGAUGGCGGGCCAAUACGCCAAACCGCGGUCGUCGCCGAUGGAGACGAUCAAUGGGGUGACGAUGCCCAGUUUCCGCGGGGAUAUCCUGAACAGCUACGAGCCCGACCCUGCGGCGCGCGAGCCAGACCCCAAGAGACUGGUGGACGCAUACUUCCACUCCGCCGCGACGCAAAACUACCUGCGCGCGGCCCUGUCGUCCGGGCUGGCCGACCUGCACGCUCCGCUCGACUGGAGUCUGGGCCAUGUGCGUGACCCGACGGUCCGGGACAAAUACCAGGUCAUCGUCGAGCGCAUCACCGACACCCUGCAGAUGAUGCGGACCAUUGGCCUCGACACCGGCGGCGGCCUGGAGACGGUCGACCUGUUCACGUCGCACGAGGGUCUGCUUUUGGAUUACGAACAAUCGCUGACGCGACUCUUUAAACAUCCCUCCAACAGCCCUGUUGUAACAAACGCCCAGAAAGCCAUGGCCGAUGCUGCUAAAGCUGCUUCUGUCGCUGCUAAACAUCGCAAGACUUCGCUGCCCACACAGCUUCCGCCACCCUUGCCACCGACGCAAGGAUACUACGACACCUCCGCGCACUUUAUCUGGAUCGGCGACCGGACGCGCCAGCUGACGCAUUCGCACGUCGAGUUUUUCCGUGGCAUCGAGAACCCCAUCGGCGUCAAAGUCGGCCCCAGCAUGCCUGCUUCGGACCUGGUGCCUUUGCUAGAUAUUCUGAAUCCGAACCACGAAAUCGGCAAAAUCGUCCUCAUCACCCGCUACGGCCACGACAGGAUUGCUAAUCAUCUCCCCUCCCAUAUUAAAGUUGUCCAGAAUUCCCCUCAUCGCGACACCGUUGUAUGGCAGUGUGAUCCGAUGCACGGCAACGGUCGCAACGCCACGGUCACCGUGCCAGAGAAUGGUGGUACUAGUACCAUCAAAACCCGCCGGUUCAGUGAUAUUCUGUCCGAACUCCGUCAAGCCCUCGAAAUCCACCGCUCCAUGAACAGCUACCUCGGCGGCGUCCAUCUCGAACUCACGGGCGAGCCUGUUACCGAGUGCGUCGGCGGCGCCGAGGAGUUGACCGAGCAGGACUUGAGUCUGAAUUAUACCACCUUUUGCGACCCGCGUCUGAAUGAGAAGCAGGCUCUCGAGCUGGCCUUUUUGGUCGCCGGCUUUUAUAGAGAAGGGAGGCCCUCCAGGGGCUGA